AUGACACAGUAAGUUGACUGCCCAUCAGAUGACCACCAGGCUCACGUAAUUCAUAGAUGUUUUGAUGGAUUUUGAAUAAUUAACCCAAGUUUUUUAUGGUUAGUUGGGAUGUGCUCAAACACUCAUCAGGAGCCUCUUCUGCCUUCAACGGUGGAGAAUUACGCAUCCUCAGAUCGUCCAUUCCAAAUCGUCGUCACUCCAAUGACUGCCUGAAACUCGAAAAUCCGACAGCACUUGCAUACGCACUUCCCCCGACAGAAACAACGGAGGGCCAACCGUCUAGGAACUGGAGAUUGUGUUUUGUUUAUGAACCUGGAACUUGCCAAGGAGGGCUAGUGAGCAGAUGA